GGGUCAUUCAAUAUGGAAUUUGGAUGAUUGGGGUUCGCGAAUUUGGAGGGUAAAAACUAAAAUUAUAAAUUAGAUGUUGAAUGUCAGGUUGAUAUAGUAUUAGUGGAAUAACAAGUUUAACCGACGGAACCCAGGUCCAGGUAGGUUGGUUGUGUUGUGUUGUGUUGUAGUAUUUAAAUUCAAGUACUGUCAAAGAGAACCACUUCUAACUGGUUGUACCUCAACACUCUCUUGUUUUAUUGUUCCUCCUCUAAAUCUCAAUUAUUGUUCCUUUAUUCUCUCCACACAUAUUUUUCUAUAUUUUAUUCUAUCUACCAUACCAGUACCGAUCUAACACUUUCAGAGAUUUCUCAAUUUCAUUUUCCAGAUAAAAUCAUAACAACUUUGAUUCGUGUUUUGUUUGGAUUACUAAUUUUUUUUUCUUUCUUUCCUAUUGAUUGUUAUUCUGCUGAUUUUAGGGGAGAAUUCCUCUAACAGAAAAAGCUUUCCAUUGGGAAAUAUAGCUCCAUAAACAAAUCAGAUAUAAUAAAAAUAUUUUGGUCUUGGGAUUCCUGGCUCCAUUUCUGGGAGAGAAAGAAUUCCAAGAAAUUGAGUGAACACAUCCAUUUCUUGGUGGAUGUAAAAUAAGAUUUGGGAGAAAAUGGGUGUGGAAAGGAUUCUGUCAGCAAUGAUGGAUGGCCAAGUGGGAGGAGAGUCUUUAGUCGAUUCCAUCAAGAUUGCAGUUUUACCAAUAGCUAAAGUUUUCACAGUAUGCUUCUUGGGUUUUCUAAUGGCAUCCAAGUAUGUCAACAUUUUGCCAGCCAAUGGGAGGAAACUUCUUAAUGGGUUGGUUUUUUCACUUUUGCUGCCGUGUUUAAUAUUUUCUCAACUUGGGCAAGCCGUAACUUUGCAGAAAAUGCUGGAGUGGUGGUUUAUCCCAGCAAAUGUUGUUCUGGGUUCAAUAUCAGGCUCAAUAAUAGGUUAUAUUGUAGCCACCAUUGUUCGUCCACCAUACCCUUUCUUUAAGCUUACUGUUGUACAAAUUGGAAUUGGGAACAUUGGAAAUGUGCCACUUGUUUUAAUUGCAGCUUUAUGUAGGGACAAGUCCAAUCCUUUUGGUGAUUCAAACACAUGUAGUACGUCUGGGACUGCAUAUAUUUCAUUUGGCCAGUGGGUUGGUGCAAUUAUCUUAUAUACAUAUGUAUUCAGCAUGUUGGCACCCCCUCCUGAGGGUUCCUUUGACAUUGACGAAGCAAAUCUACCUAUAAAAGGCCCCUCUAAGGAAGAUGGCAGCAGUCCUGAGCAGGUUCCACUGCUUACACAUGAGGAGGCUUUACAAACUAAUUCAAAUGCUUCAAAAGGAAUUACGAUAAAAGGGAUCUUUGUUUUUCUUUACGAGAAAUUGAAGCUCAAACAAAUCCUACAACCGCCUAUUAUUGCUUCUAUUCUGGCCAUGAUUCUUGGAGCAAUACCAUUUUUGAAGGGAAUGAUAUUUACCACUGAUGCUCCAUUUUUCUUCUUUACUGAUAGCUGUAUUAUUCUCGGGGAGGCGAUGGUUCCUUGCAUUCUGUUGGCAUUAGGUGGAAACCUUGUAGAUGGACCGGGAAGUUCAAAACUUGGUCUACGAACAACUGCUGCAAUUAUCUUUGCACGUUUAGUUUUGGUGCCUCCUGUAGGACUUGGCAUUGUAAUGUUGGCUGAUAAGCUUGGUUUCCUUCCUGCUGGAGAUAAGAUGUUUCGAUUUGUUUUACUCCUCCAACAUUCAAUGCCUUCAUCUAUCCUUGCUGGUGCUGUUGCAAAUUUAAGAGGUUGUGGAAGGGAGGCAGCGGCAGUCUUGUUCUGGAUUCAUAUUUUUGCUGUAUUCUCAAUGGCUGCAUGGAUUGUUUUGUUUCUCAAAAUUCUAUUUUAAAACAUCAGCAAAGAAGUCUGCCAGUUUCCCAUGUAAAUUGAAAUAUGAGUGGAAAUUUCGGAAACUUGAAAAUCCAUUUUUCCAAUGGAAAGCCAUAUUUUGAUUGUAUACCCUUGCCAGUGAGUCUCGGAGAAGGUAUAGGGUAGCCAACUGGCCAUGCUUACAGGAUGGGCAUCAAAGGAUGAAGAUCUUUUGGUCUUAUUAUUGGAAUUACUAUGGUUGUCAUAUUUUUUAUUUAUUGAGGGCAUGUUUAUAUGUUACGCUUCCAAUUUUCAAAUUUAUUCGAUCAAUUAUGUAGUAAAAAUAUUGUAAGAAAAACUUGUCGCAAUCUAUAUUGCCAGUGUACAAACAUUCAAAAUCUUAUUUUAGUUCAAUUUGUAUGUUGCAAGGUAGAUUCUGAAAA